AUGACACUAACAGAAGAGUUGGAAAAUAUUUAUCAUAAAUUGGGACGUUUUCAACAAUCGUUAACUGAGGCACGUCUUCGACAGCAACAAUGGACUAAGUCAUUUUAUAUUUAUGCCAUAUUAGUUUAUACUGGCAUUAAUUUAGUUUCUUAUGCUUAUUUUUUACCAAGUAAUUAUCUAACAAGGUUAUAUUUAGUCGUCUUUGGUAUCUUAAUGGGUGCAUUAAUCUAUGGUUUACAUACUGUUGUCUGCUGGUACUUUCGUACUUCUAUUCAAGCAAAAGAAGAACGAAUUCAAUUACUUAAAGAGAGAAAACGAGAAUUACUUGACAUAGUGAAAGAACGAGAGCCAUAUAAUGUAGCACAAGGGCUUAUACGACGUUUUGAAUCUGAUAAUGUAUAUUCAACUGCAGCCACAACACCAUCACCCUCGGGAGAAGUACGUCAACGUGUUACUGUGAGUAAGCCUCCAAGUGCCCAAGCAGCACACCAAACGCAGUCAACGCAACAGCAAAUUUCUCCAACUCCAACUAAAGGACAACAGUCGACAACAAUAACAACACCGGGCGAUGUUACACCUGGAAAAUUACCACGUACAAUUUUACCUCCUAAACGAACGGUGUGGGGUAUGCUUUUGGAUACGUUUGUUGGCGAUGGGCCUUCAAAACGUUACGCUAUGAUAUGUAAAAACUGUUGUAGUCAUAAUGGAAUGGCACUUGAAGAAGAAUUUGAAUAUUUACAUGAUAAAACAUCGAUGUCACAUCAUCCAGUUCGUAUACCGUCUUCAUCUUCAUUGGUGACGAACGAAAACAAUAAUGUCAGUAAUGAACCACAACAAAAUAAUUCAGGCUCAUUGAAAGAAAAUGCUCACCAUAAUAUUCAACAACCAACAUUAUCAUCAGCAUACGAAAGUCUUACUGAUGAAACAAGAUAUACUGCAACCGACUAA